AUGGAAAGUAGUAAAUUUGUUAAAAUUAUAUGGGUUUUUGGUAUUUGGAUUUUGGUAUUCACUUUUUUAAUAAUAUACAAUAAUUACGAUUAUAAAUCAACUUUUGGAAUCAAUAAAUUCGAAAAACGAAGUUUAAAAACAAUAAAUCAAAUUAAUAACAAAGAAAACGGGGAUGACAAAAAAUUAUCUGUAUUUUUAAUACCUCAUUCUCAUUGCGAUGGUGGUUGGUUACAAGAUUAUGAUGGAUAUUAUUAUAAUAUUGUUCAAUAUAUUUUAUCUGGUGUUGUUAAUGAAUUAAAUUUAGAUAAAGAAAAGAAAUUUAAUUGGGUAGAAAUUGGAUUUUUUAGUAGGUGGUGGAAUGACCAAAAUGAAAUUCAAAAAGAAAUUGUUAGAAAUUUAAUAAAUAAUAAACAAUUAUCAUUUAUUAGUGGUGGAUGGGUACAAAAUGAUGAAGCAACAGCAACAAUUGAUGAUGUUAUAACACAAAUGACACAAGGCCAUCAAUGGUUAAAAGAUACACUUAACUAUACAGUAGAGUAUGCAUGGCAAAUCGAUCCAUUUGGAUAUUCAUCAUCAACACCAACCAUUUUUUCAAGUAUGGGUAUAAAAGGAUUAGUUAUUAAUCGUGUUUCAAAUGAUGUUAAAUCUUAUAUGAAAUCAGUCAAAGAAAUGGAAUUCAUAUGGAAAGGUUCAGAAUCAUUAGGAGAACAAUCACAAAUGUUAGUUUCCACAUUAAAUAUCCAUUAUGAUUAUCCAAAACAUAUUGACCCAAAGAAAGAUUUUUCAUUAAAUGAUCGUAUCAAAGGAUUCACUAAAUAUCUCAAUGAUUUAUCAAAAACUAGAGAGUCAAACAUACUAAUGAUUCCAUUAGGUGAUGAUUUCAGAUAUUCAAAUGCAAAAACUGAAUUUUCAGUUUCAAAAGAGUGGGUAAAAGCUUUACAAGAUAAUAAAGAAUAUUACAAUAUCAAAGAAAUUAAAUAUGCAACUUUAGAUGAAUAUUUCAUUGCUUUGGAGGAUAGUUUCUUGAGAAAUAAUAAAUUUGGUAAAAGUAGAAAACAAAAUGUUUACACUGAAACUUUUAGUGAUGGUGAUGAUGAGGUAUCAGCAUUGUCAUUAUAUAAUAAAGAUUUCUUUCCAUAUUCAACUGGUAAUUUAGAAUAUUGGACAGGAUAUUAUACAACAAGACCAUUGUUAAAAAGAUUGAUUAGAGAAUCAAGUCUUUUACAAAAAUCAUCAGAUAUAUUAUACACUUUAGCAAUUGGCGAAAAUUCAAAUAAUCAAAUCGAUAUUAAUAAUUUACAAACGUUAUCAAAUCAAUUAAAUGAAAAUAGAAAUACAAUAGCAUUGGUUCAACAUCAUGAUAUUGUUACAGGUACUUCAAGAUCAUUUGUUUUAAAUGAUAAUUUCCAAAGAUUACAAAAAUCAAGAAUUUCAAAUUAUAAUAUCAUUUCAAAUUCUUUAGAAUAUUUAUUAAAUAAAAGUAAUAACAAAACAAAUAAUAAUAAUAAUAAUAAUAAUAAAAAUAAUAAUAAUAAUAAUAAUAAUAAUAAUAAUAAUAAUAAUAAUCUUAAAAAUACAAAUAGUAUUAGUACAACAGGUAGUAGCAGUAGUAGUGGUAGUGGUAGUAGUAAUAAUAAUAAUAAUACUGUAAAUAAAAGUGAACCAUUCAAUUUUGAAAAUGCAAUAGAUUUAUCAAAUGAAUCAAAUAAUCAAUAUUCAUUAGUAUUCCACAAUACAUUAGGUUGGGAAGUUAACCAACAUGUUUCAUUUAGAAUAAAAGUUAAUAAAAAUGAUAAUCAAUUAUUAGAAUCAAUUCAAUUGGUUGAAGCUAUAUCAAAUAAAACAAUUCAAAUUCAAAUAAUACCAAUUCAAGAUGAUUCAAAUUGUCAAUCAAUUGAAAAUAAUUAUAUUGUAUUUGCAAUUAUUAAUUUACCACCAUUAGGUUUAAAUACUUAUUAUUUAAGUAUUGCUAAUAGCGAAGAUUCAAAAUCAAAUUUCACCUAUUUAUCAAAACCAAAAUUAUUGAAAAAAGGAAAUGAAAUUAAUUUUAAUAAUAAUAGAUUCAAAGUAGAAUUCGAAUCAAAUGGUUUAAUAAGUAAAAUAACUGAUAAAAAUUCAAAUGAAAUUAAAACAAUCGAACAAACAUUCCAUCAAUAUUCAACUAAAAAGAGUGGUCCAUACAUUUUCAAUGUUAAAGGUGGUAAAAAACACGGAUUCUUAGAGAACCCUGAUAAAUUCAUCUACCACGAUGGCCCAUUAGUAUCUCAAUUAACAAUGUUAUAUGGUGUAGAUGAUUAUUGUAAUGUAACAUCGAUUGUAGUUCAAAGAAUUUAUAAAAAUAAUAAUGAAAUCAAUAAUAGUAAUAGCAAAUCAUUAAUCACAGAGAAUUACAUUGAAACUGGUUAUUCAAUUAACGGUGAUAUGAAUAGAGAAACAACAAUCAAUUAUAAAGUAAAAGAUCUUGAAAAUGAUGAUAUAUUUUAUACUGAUAAUGGUUUAGAAUCUAGAAAAAGAAUUUACAAUCAUGAUAGAAGCGUCAAUCAAAAUUAUUACCCAGUUUUAGGUUAUAUAAAAUUAAAAGAAACCUCAGAAAAUAAUAAUCAUCAAUAUACAGUUUAUGUAGAUAGGUCAGUUGGCGCAACAUCACCAUCAGAUGGCGAAAUGGAAAUUAUGAUUCAUAGAACUAUGGAUACUGAUGAUUGGAAAGGAGUAAAUUGGCCAAGUAAAGACAUUGGAAGAAGUGAUGCUAAAUUAUACUUUAAUAUGGAUUUGGUUAAUAAUCAAUUACAAAAUGAAAAAAGAAUAAGUUUACAUAUUACAAAUCAACCAAUUAUGUUUGUCAAAAAACACAAUAAUCAAACUGGUUAUUUAUUAAAAUAUUCACCAUUAUCAAAUCAAUUACCUUCAAAUAUUCAUUUACAAUCAUUAUUAACAUUAAAAAACAAUACAGUCGGUUUAAGAUUAUUCAAUAUUCAUGAAGUUGAUUCAAAUACUCAAUCUACUACUGAUACCGAUAAAUCAACAUUAUUUAACGAAUUAGAAAUAUCAAACUUUAUUGAAACUGGUUUAUCUUUUUUAAAAUUAACAAAAAAUAAUUUAAUUGAUAAAUUUUCAACAAGAAUAAAUAAAAAAUUUCCAAUCAAAUGUGGUGAAUCAGAAUAUUCAUUUAUAAAUGAAAAACCAUCAUCAAUUAUUUUCUCAAAUAAUGGAACAAAUAAUAUUAUUGAUGGUGAGAAUAAAGGUGAAAACAACAAAACAAUUGAAACUAUUCAAAUUAAACCUCAUGAAAUUAAAUCAUUUACUUUUAAUUUUAAUUUCCAAUUAGAUCAAAUCAUACCUAAUAAUAAUAAUAAUAAUAAUAAGUAUGCUAUAAAUAAAGAAUUGAAUAAUGAAUAUAUUGAACAAUCAAUUGAAAAUCAGAGAUAUGAAUAUGAUUUUUCAUUUUUCCCAAUCAAGCCAACAUUUUAUGAUGACAGAGGAAAAUAUAAUAGACCAAACCAUUUAGCAUUAAUACUUUCAUUGUCAAUAGGAAUUCCAGCUGGUAUUUUAAUAAUAGUUAUAGCCUUGGUUGUUACUUAUAAAAAGAGAAAAAAUAGAAAAACUUUAACAUCUUCAAAUUCUUCAUCAAAUUUAAUUCAACAAGAAGACCAAACUGAUUAUUCUCCUUAA